GCCGGAUGCGGGCGGUACUGCCGCCGCCGCGGCCCUAGGGAUGGGCGGAGCCCCGGCCGCUGGUGCUGGUGGCCGCCGCCGCUGCCGGAACCUGAGCCGGAGCCGUCGCCUCUGCCGCCGCGCGUUGUUGCUUCGCAAGACGGCGGGAUGCUGGGGAAAGGGGGAGUCGGCGGUGGCGGCGGCACCAAGGCGCCCAAGCCCUCCUUCGUGUCGUACGUGCGCCCUGAGGAAAUUCACACAAAUGAAAAGGAAGUAACAGAGAAGGAAGUCACUCUUCACUUGUUGCCAGGUGAACAACUGCUUUGUGAAGCCAGCACAGUCCUGAAGUAUGUGCAGGAAGAUUCCUGUCAGCGCGGCGUCUAUGGGAGGCUCGUCUGCACUGACUUCAAGAUUUCCUUCUUGGGGGAUGAAGACUCGGCCUUGGAGAACGGUGGGGAAACUCAGUUUAAGAAUAAGAUUAUAGGAGUAAACGAUGUCCCACUCCACUGUGUGGACCAGAUUUAUGGAGUGUUUGAUGAGAAAAAAAAACCUCUGUUUGGACAACUGAAGAAGUACCCGGAGAAGCUUGUUAUCCACUGCAAAGACCUGCGGGUGCUCCACUUCUGUCUGAGGUACACAAAGGAGGAGGAAGUCAAAAGGAUUGUCAGUGGCAUCAUUCAUCACACCCAGAGUCCCAAGCUGCUGAAAAGACUGUUUCUGUUUUCCUACGCAGCUGCUGUGCACGACACAGCCGCUGACCCCAGGAACUGUACUGUCAUGUUUGACACACCGAAAGACUGGUGUUGGGAGCUGGAGCGGACAAAGGGAGGUGUGAAGUACAAAACAGUGAGUGUGAAUGAAGGCUACCGAGUCUGUGACAGGUUGCCAGCAUACUUUGUUGUCCCCACUCCCCUUCUGGAAGACGAUGUGAAGCGUUUUCAGGGCCAUGGUAUACCAAUCUGGUGUUGGUCCUGUCACAAUGGAAGUGCCCUUUUGAAGAUGUCAGCACUGCCCAAAGAACAGGAUGAUGGUGCUUUGCAAAUUCAGAAGAGCUUCUUGCAUGGAAUUUACAAGACUAUCCAGAGACCACCCUACGAAAUGGUUAAAACUGAAGACUUAUCAAGCAACUUCCUGUCCCUGCAGGAGAUCCAGGGUGCAUACUGCAAAUUUAAGCAGCUGUUUCUGAUAGAUAACAGUUCAGAAUUUUGGGACACCGAUAUAAAAUGGUUUUCUCUCUUAGAAAGCAGCAGCUGGCUUGAUAUAAUCAGACGCUGCCUGAAGAAAGCAAUAGAGAUUACGGAAUGCCUGGAAGCGCAGAACAUGAACGUCCUCCUCUUGGAAGAGAACGCUUCUGACCUCUGCUGCCUCCUCUCCUCUCUGGUGCAAGUGAUGAUGGAUGCCCACUGUCGAACCAGGACUGGGUUCCAGAGCCUCAUCCAAAAGGAGUGGGUCAUGGGUGGCCACUCUUUCUUGGACCGCUGUAACCAUCUCCACCAGAGCGACAAAGAGGAGGUCCCUGUGUUCCUGCUCUUCUUGGACUGUGUCUGGCAGCUGGUGCACCAGUAUCCCCCAGCGUUUGAGUUCACAGAGACAUACCUGACUGUUCUGUCAGAUAGCCUGUAUAUACCUAUUUUUAGCACCUUCUUCUUCAAUUCACCUCAUCAAAAAGAUACUAACAUGGGUAGGGAAAGCCUGGAUGCACAAUGCAAGCCUUUGAGUCUGCUCACCGUGUGGGAUUGGUCAGUACAGUUUGAACCCAAAGCACAGACGUUGCUCAGAAACCCUCUGUAUGUGGAAAAGCCAAAGCUGGACAGAGGCCAGCGGAAAGGAUCCCGUUUCAAACAUCAACGACAACUUUCUUUGCCUCUUACCCAGUCUAAGUCAUCUCCCAAAAGAGGAUUUUUCAGGGAAGAAACAGAUCAUUUAAUCAAAAACCUUCUAGGCAAGAGAAUCAGUAAACUUAUUAACUCUUCGGAUGACCUCCAGGACAACUCUCGAGAGUUCUAUGACAACUGGCACAGUAAGCCCAUAGACUACCAUGGCCUGUUGUUGCCUCACAUUGAGGGGCCAGAAAUCAAGGUGUGGGCUCAGCGCUAUUUACGUUGGAUUCCAGAAGCCCAAAUUCUGGGUGGUGGCAGAGUUGCCACUAUGGGUAAACUCUUGGACAUGAUGGAGGAAGUGCAGCGCUUACAGGAGAAACUGGAGGCCGGGCCCCCCAGGCAGGAGGCUGUCCACACACAGGCACCCGGCCUGCUCAGGAACUCGGCCCGCCUGUCUUCCUUGUUCCCCUUUGCACUGCUCCAGCGACAUUCAGCCAAGCCUGUCUUACCCACCAGUGGCUGGAAAGCUUUAGGAGGUGAAGAUGACCUGGCCAAACGAGAAGAUGAGUUUGUGGACCUAGGGGACGUGUGACCCUGUCUCCGUAGGGACUGUGAAAGAGGCGCACUGUACUGUGGGACCAUUGUUCCCUGGACUGGUGUCACGUUGUUAGCCCAGUGCUGUGAAGGAGAGAGCAGAGGCUUUCGGAAAGAGAGCUGGUUCUCUUUUUCUUCCAUGUUCUAGAAGACAACACAAUGGAAGCCAUGCCUCUAGUAUGCUUAGGAGGGGGUUCCUGCUUGACCUGUCAUAGGAUUGGGGUCAUUUCCUGACAUCUGUAUUAUAUGUACACAAAAUGGCUCGUGGCCAGGCUGCUGUGAGAACCUGUUUUUUCUGUGCCAAGAUAACUAUGUAGCCAUUUCAGACGAGCAAGGACAGCUCUGUGGCAUCUGGAAGUGGAGAGACUGAGGUAUUAAGAGAUGUAAACCAUAGUGCGCGCGCGCACACACACACACACAUACACCUUGGAAAGUUGGGCGGUUCUGCUGGAGUCCUCAUCCUGGACAGGGUGGGGCAGCCGCCUCCCUCCCUUUUCCUUUGCUGUCAUUCCCACCUUCCCUUUUCCUGUCCCAUGCCAGGCUGUGAGUCCACCUCGGUGCACAUUGUCCC